AGAGAGAGAUGAGGCUUUGAUGAAUGUGAUGUCAUGUGGUGGGAACUGGCUGAGAAUAGGGGCUGGAAUCAGAUCAAACCAGACUAGAUCACAGAGAUAUAUUGGAUUAGACAGCGUUCGAUGGCGGCCUAUUGUAUGUUCUAUCCAGCUCUCCAGUUGACCUACAUUGCCUACAUGGAGUUAUUCUCUCUGAGUGGUUGCAUGUUUGUAUUUCUCUAAUAGUGUUAAUAUAUACUGUUUCUGUUUUUGGUCAACUCACUCCUAAGGCUACUUCUACCCCUCACCUCUCUUCCUCUCUCACUUUUCCCUUCCCUAUUUCUCUCUGUCCUUUAUACAUUCCUAUCUCCAUCUGUUAUCAGGGCUUGUGGCUGCCAGGCAGGAAUGUGGGCUCAGUUCAGUGUAACAAGCACAGACAGGUUCGUGUUGUAAAUGGGAGCAGGUAGCGAGUCAGGGGUGAUUGUUGAGGUAGACGAUACACCAGUAGGUAGAGCUGCUGGCAGGUGGCAGAUACUGUAGCAGCUUUGAAGGAAGCUCUAAUUCGCUCACUCGGUAGUUGAGAGCUAGAAUCAUUUCGCAAUGGAGGACGUGUAUUUGCUGGACAACUGGCGAAAGGAUCUUCAUGUGUCAGAGGGCAUGAUCGACAACGCAGUGGAUAUGGACAGUCUGAACAGGAACUUGCCUGAAUGCGGAUGGCAGACCCAUAAAGUGUUACAGAGCACGCCACUGGAUCUGUUUGAGAGCGGCAAGGCGCUGAAGGUCCAGGCAGAGCGCCCCCAUCUGGUCAGUCUGGGCAGUGGCCGUCUCAGUACGGCCAUCACACUGCUGCCCCUUCCCGAAGGUAGGACCACGUUGGGACAUGGGGCGAUGGACAUCAGCAUCCAGGGCCCAGGAGUUACCGCCCAGCACUGCUACAUAGAGAACCGGGCAGGGAUCAUCACUCUCCACCCCUGUGGGAACCAGUGUGCCAUAGACGGGCUUCCUGUCACCAAACCGGUCCGCCUGUCACAAGGUUGUAUGCUGUGUUUUGGCCAGUCGGCUUUUUUCCGCUUCAACCACCCAGAGGAGGCGUUCAGGAUGAAGAGCAUGAUGCCAGAGGGAAGCAGGGGCUCUGGUGGGAACUACAGAAUUCACUCAGAUACAGUGAGCCUGGUCAAUGGGAACCAUCAGUCAGGAGCGUCCCAGUCGCGCCACCCAGCCCCCGGGGAGAGAGACUCCCGCUCCGAGCAUAGUGCCAUCGUCAGCUCCAUCGAAAAGGACCUCCAGGACAUCAUGGACUCCCUAGUCAUGGAUGAUCCCCAGCCUUCCUCUUCAGACCACCCCAUCCCCCACUCCCCGCUGUCCCCCAUGGUCAACGGAGGAGGCCGAUACCUCCUCUCCCCUCCCACCAGCCCAGGAGCCAUGUCGGUGGGCUCCAGCUAUGAGAACACCUCCCCACCCUUCUCCCCCCUAUCCUCUCCCUCGCCGGCCAGCAGCGCAGGCAGCUACACCAGCCCUUCUCCCAGCGGCUGCCUGGACCCCCAGGACCCAUCCCUGCCCCCCGUGCCGGUCCGCUCAUCCAGCUACAACUACACAACUACACCACCCAUCCCCCAGCCAAGGACCAUACUGACCAACUACAGCCCUGGCGGCGGGGGGCAGAGGGUUUCUGAGAGCCCUAGGCACCAGAGGAAAGGUCUCCUGGAAGCCCCCCAGAGCCCCAAGCCAGCCCGCAGAGGCCAGAGCCUGGACAGCCCAGGGGGGGUGGGUUCAGAGAGUCCUAGACUGACCCACCUAUCUGUUGCCUCAGCCGAUGCCGGGUACAUGGGCAUGGGCAGGAACGCAGUGCCAAGUAGCCCCAGACUCACGGCGAAGUUCCCCUACACCUCCACGUCCUCCUCCUCAUCCAGUCCCAGGACGAAAGCGGGCACCAUCCUCCAGGAGCGCCCGGCCAGCCCCUUCAGAGAGCAAGCGGACCACUCCCUCACUUCCAGCCCCUCCAGACAGCUGCUAUCCCAGCCCAGCAGGGCCUUUCAGCCUCCCCUGGACCCCAUCGUCCACAUCAUCCAGGGGGGCUCUCCACUCCAGCAGCACCACCCCUUCCCCCACCCCCGCACGCUGCAGCCCCCAGAGAGCCCUCGACUGUCUCGCAGGAACCUUGAGCUCAGCAGCGGGGGCAGCAGCAUGAAGGAGCUCCCACCUCUCAGCCCCUCCACGGCUCGCAGAGGGGUGCCUGUUCUCCCGGGGGCUCUCCCUGGAAGUAUCCCCACGUUGAGAACGCCUGAGAGCCCAUCAUCAUCAUCAUUGGCGAAGUUGGGAGUCCCAGAGAGCCCCAGGCUCCUACGCAAGGCCGGGUCCCCCGCGGAGGACCAGUUUGGCAGCAGUGUGGUCCGAGCCCGCAGCCCCUCCCCCACAUCAGGGUUGAUGAUGAUGGAGAGUGGGGGAGGGGGGAGGAAGGCCAGCUUUGGGAACGCCCUCUCCCCUGCUUACAGCCUGGGCUCUCUGCCUGGCUCCUCGCCUCUCGCCAGCCCCAGGGGCCAUAGGAAGAUGUCUGGGGGCCCCCGGGAUCAGAGGGGCCCCCACCCAGGCAUGCGGGAGCGCAAAAACAGCAUCUCUGAGAUCAGCGACAACGAGGACGAGCUGUUGGAGUACCACCGGCGCCAGAGAGAGGAGAGGCUCAGGGAGCAGGAGAUGGAGAGACUGGAGAGGCAGAGGCUGGAGACCAUCCUGAACCUGUGUGCCGAGUACAACAAGGGCGACGGGCCCUUGGGGGGUGAGGCAGAGGGGAGGAUGGGCUUCCCUGGGGGCCUGGGACCGGGGGAGGGGGAGGCCAGGAGACCCUCUAUGGACAACUUGGCAGGGUCCAGCUCGCUGCGUCGUAGCAUGGCCCAGAGACAGCAGAGGGAGAGCGACGAGGAGAACCUCAAGGAGGAGUGCAGCAGUACAGAGAGCACCCAUCAGGAGGUGAGGAUGCCACUUCCUCCCCAGGCCCUCCACAAUGGAGACCGAUACCAGCAUGAAGAGCAGUCUGUUUCUGGCGGCCCGGGGCGGACAGAGCUGGGUUACCUGGAGGACGAGAGGGUCAGAGUGCUGGCCCGAGUCGACGAGCUCAAAUCACGAAUUACAGAGCUGGAGCAACAGCUACAGGAGUCCAAGCAGGAGGCGGAGAUGGAGCGGGCCCUGCUGCAGGGGGAGAGGCAGGCGGAACUGGACCAGAUAGAGGCAGAGACAGAGAUCAUCGGACAGCUGCAACACAAGCGCAACGAGCUGGAGAACGCCAUCCAGAGGGAGAAAGACAAGGAGAGGGCAAAUGUUGACGCAGAGCGCCGAGCCCUGGCGAGCCUCCAGGAGGGCUACAGUGAGCUGAAGAACCAGCUUCAUAACUGCCCCGAGUCACUGAAGGAGCAGUUACACGAACAGCUCAAACGGGAGGGCGAGACCCUGGAGUCAGAGACAAAGCAGUUUGAGGACCUGGAGUUCCAGCAGCUGGAGAGGGAAAGCAGCCUGGAGGAGGAGAGGGAGACCAUCAGUCAGCAGCUGCUGCAGGAGAGGGCCGAGUACCACACCAGCGUGGCCAAGAGGAAGGACAAGGUGGCAGCUCUGGAAGGCCAGGCCAGUCAGCUGGGACAGCAGGCGUCUCAGGAGUGUGACAGGCUGGCUAAGGACAGGAACCUUACCCUGCAGAUGCUCCAUAAGGAGAAAGAGAGACUAUCGGCCCUGGAGAAGAGGUACCUCAGCCUUACUGGAGGAAGGUCUUUCCCUAAGAGUUCCAGCACCAUGAAAGAGGAGUACAUGAAGCUCUCGGAUGUCUAUAGGAUGUAUGAGAGAGAUUGCCAUGACACCCAACUCACCACCUCUGCUCAGCACGGCCUCUCGCUCAUCCUAGACGCAGCUGUCCCCUGCGAGGAGUAUUUGACUGUGGGCCAGUUAACUCAGAUCUUUGGGAUGCCGAAGGUCGAGUCCUCCCCUACCUCUCCUCUCCGGCCCCUCCAGUCAGGAGCGGGAGACCCUGCCUUCUCCUGCCUCUCCAUUCCUCACGGUUCCUCCCUCUCUCUCUCUGUUGAGUACCAGCCUGAGCGCAGUAGGCCUCAAAUCCCCACUCUUGAUUUAGAGCAGUGGUACCAGGAGGUGAUGGCUGCUGGGGAGAGCAGCCAUCUCUGCCCCCCUCUCCCAGCUAAAUUGCUCUUCCCUCGCAGGCCUAUGCAGGUGUUCCGCUCCAAGCUGGACAGUGAUGCUGGACAGACGGUACAUCAACCCAAAGCAGGCUCCGGAUCCCACCUGCAGUGCGGAGCUGCCACACUGGGACGCAACACAACCUCCAAGAGGCCGCUGAUGGUUCCCAACAGUACCGGAAGUUUGCCACGGAACUUGGCUGCCACCAUGCAGGACAUAGAGACCAAGAGAGCGCUAGCCUUACAGCAGAAAGGCCACCAGGUGAUCGAGGAGCAGCGUCGUCGAUUGGCUGAGCUGAAGCAGCGGGCUGCAGUGGAGGCCCAGUGCCAGUGGGAUGCGCUCCACGGCUCUCAGACCCACCUCAGCACCCAGUAUGCGCCUUCCCAUGCCCACGGACCUCCCAUGGUGCACCACUCCAUCCUGCACCACCAGCCGCCGCCGGCGGGCGAGCAGCCGUACGACACACUGAGUCUGGAGAGCUCUGACAGCAUGGACACCAGCGUCUCCACCGGCAACAACUCGGCCUGCUCCCCCGACAACAUGUCCAGUGCCAGUGGGAUGGACGCGCUGAAGAUCGAGGAGAUGGAGAAGAUGCUGAAGGAAGCCCACCUAGAGAAGGCCAGGCUCAUAGAAUCCAGAGAGCGUGAGAGCCAUGCCCGUAGGCAGAUGCUGGAGGAGGAGAGGAGGCGGCGCGAGGAGGCAGAGAAGAGGCUUCAGGAGGAGACGGUGCACAGGCAGCAGCUGGUGGACAAGGAGGUGAAGAUGAGAAGCAAGAACUUCUCCCAGGCCCGUCCUAUGACUCGUUACCUGCCCAUCCGCAAGGAGGAGUUUGACCUGCGCUCCCACAUCGAGUCAUCCGGCCACAACGUGGAGACCUCUCACCACGUGAUCCUCACAGACAAGAUGUGCAAGGGUUACCUGGUCAAGAUGGGCGGCAAGAUCAAGUCGUGGAAGAAACGCUGGUUUGUCUUCGACCGCCUCAAAAGGACCUUCUCCUAUUACGUUGACAAGCACGAGACCAAACUGAAAGGAGUCAUCUACUUCCAGGCCAUUGAAGAGGUCUACUACGAUCACUUGCGUAUCGCCACGAAGAAAGGAUUUUUCAACCUCAAUUUGGCCAAUCACUUUUCUGAGCUCCUGCCUCCUCAGUUUCGAAGAGAGAGCCCCAAUCCCUCGUUGACCUUCUGUGUGAAGACUCAUGACAGACUCUACUACAUGGUGGCCCCUGCCCCGGAGGCCAUGAGGAUAUGGAUGGAUGUUAUAGUAACCGGAGCCGAGGGCUACACGCAGUUCAUGAACUAAUAGGGGAGACUUGCGUACGUUGACAUAAGGAGACUGUUUCGGCAGGAACACUUCAAUAGAUUCAGGCCUUUCCUUCUAGCGCCUCUCCCAAUGUUGGGAAAUUGCCUUUUUAUUUUGUUACGUUCAUUAUAUCUAUUUUUAAAUCUCACAUCUCUCACUUUACAAUAGACAUUUUUUCUCCACUGGUUUUUCUACUUGCUUCUGCCCACUGAUUAAAAAAGGGAGCCCUGGACGAGAGACACACACACACUGUAUAUAACCAAAACGACAUAACUGUCUUUCUGCUCAAAAGCCUUUCUAUAUUGCCAAAUGGAGAUCUUGUUUUAGUUACAGGCUCUUGUGUGAGAGCUAUUUUGUGUAUCAGUAAAUGUCUUUGAUAGUUUUUUUUUCACACACUAUAUGGAAUAUUGCCAAAUGACAUAACAAUAGUUUCAAACAGAUGGUCGUUUUUAUGGAAUGUUUCAAAUAGAACACAAAGGCAUUUCCCCAAAUCUACUUAAGUUUAUCAGUGAGCGAAAGAUGUAAUCAUUUAAGAAAUGCUUAAAAGAAAUUCUAUUGAAAAUGUUGGAGAAUAAAUCGAAUUUAAAAUCAGUAAGACCAUGACACAACACACCAACUCAGGAGUCCAUACUUAAUUUGAGUUCCCGUCACAGAUGAAACUAGAUCUUGAUCCAUCUCUGUGAUCUUACUCUACUGCUGAACUAGAUUCCACUGUGUCCGUCUUGUCUUUUGCAACUCCUAAAGACACACACACAGUCUGUUUGCCAAGUCCUGAUAACUUGAUCUUAUGAUAACUCGACCCCUUACGUAAACAGCCAUUCCAUCACUGCCAGCCUACAACACCAGGAGCUCUAGGGACUACAUAAAUGAGACAACAGUACAUGUCAUUAUAAUAAUGAUAAUCAUGCUGUGCCUUGAUGUGUCAUAAUACUCCUAGUCUGUAACUGUUGAUCGUGCUGUUCUACAAUCUUUGUUAACAGUAUCAGAAUUCAACAGACUUGCAUGGGGAAGGGAGAGGGGAGUCUGACUGCUGUUUUGAUGCAGCAAUACACAAGUACAUGUGAAGAGUAACCUCCCCUGAAUUCCAAAUCAAGUUCAAGCCCCCACUACAUCCUAUGUUCUUGUGUAGAUCUGAGAGGAUUGGAUUGGUAAACAGGUGGUUGCUCCAUACUGCUCUCUGAUACGCCAGGUGGAAUUGUCGCAAUAUAAUAUUGCUUACACUUAUCCAAUUCUUUCAGAUCUCCACAAGUGCACAGGGUAUAUGGUCUUGUCAGACUCAGGGUGCGUUUCAGCUUUAAUAGAACGUCAUGAUCUGGUAACUUGACCUAAUCAUUGUAAUGGACUCAGACAGGCUACACGAUCACAACAACAUUUAUCACCAUCUGAAUAUCUUUUUAAAGAAGACUAUGCUGUGAUUUUGAACAUGUAAACCUGAGUGUAAACCUGAGAGUUCAGGUUGAUUGAGAAGCAUUGUGAAAUGUAGUUAUUUUUUUUUAUUUAUGGCUAACCUGCCUGAGAUACAGUGGUACUGUAAACCAUGUCACUGUCAAGUAGAGGAAAAGAGACUAGUGAGAAAAGACCUUAAUAUAUUUUCCCAUUUAUAUUUUUCCCAGGUGCAACCAAAUAUUCAGCAUUGGUCAGAGGUAUAUCAAAGUGUUAUAAAAAAUAAAAACUUUUAUACUGUAAAAAGAUGCCUGUAUGAAAAUGUAAUUUACUCAUCAUUCAACCUGUAUUGUAUAAAAAGCAAUUUACUUGUUUUUGUCAUUUCAAAAGAAUGGUCAGAAUACACUUCAGUUUUAUGGGUUCUGUAUUCAUUGAUACAGUAUACCAUACUUAAAAAAACAUUCAUGGGGUCAUACAACUGUCUACACUCCCUCAACACUGUGUAGAACAUCUCACACACUCGCACAGUCUUCAGACUAUAUUAUGUUGACGGUACACUGUUUCAUACGGCACUUUCAUGUAUGGAUUAUAUGAUUAUUGUCAGAUCUAUUAAAACAGAAAUGUUACUGUGA